AUGGCGAUGGACCGGACGAUGUACGGCAAGGUGGAGCCGGGCGACACUUAUCAGCCCUACAGGAUCACCAUGAAGAAGGGAUCGCCUCCUGGAUAUGCUCUGCUGGCGGACCUGCAGAACACCGUGUCGUCGGAAGGGAGCCACGUCGGCGGAGCGACACCCGGGUACGGAUCGCUGAAUGGCGCGCGCGUCCAUACCACCGCCGGUUACAGGUCCUACGACAGUCGGACAUCGCCACUGCCACCGCAAUCGCCAACUUAUCAAAAUCGCGAGGCGAUAGAGGAAACCAUGGGUAAAACCGGAGGCGCGUCUUACACCCAGGCGACCACCGGGAACAAGAUGCCCUCCCUCAAUAACAAUCUUUCCGAACUGGACACCCUCCUGCAAGACCUGAGCAACGCACGCUAUAAUGCCCAUUAUCAAGAAAGAGAUGGUCGCGCGUCCACGACAGGAGUGAACGGGGGUGCGACCAGUCCCAUGCUCCGUUCUCCAAGUAGCAUGUCAGCCUCUCGGCCCACCGUCGACUCGUUGCUCGAGGAGCUAAGCACCGCAGUGCCUAACGGAGACUACCCCGCCGACGGAAAGGUGAGAGUCACCAUACAGGAGACGUCCACGGAGGUACAGCCGGUCUACGACGGCUAUCCCUCCAGCCAGCACGGCUCGCUGAGUCGAAGCGAGGUUCACAGGAGUUACCCUAACGGUCAUACCGCGAGUAACGCUACCAAGGAGCUGGACGACCUAAUGGCUUCGCUUUCCGAAUUUAAGAUUAAUAGCGGCACGCAUCAGCAUCAGACGGUAACCGACUCCCCGUACGCGAAGCCUAACAAGGCUACGAAGAGUUCGCACAGCCCUUUGCCCAGCGAGGCCACCCACACCCGCGUCCACAUUACCGAGACUCACGCGACACAUCUCUACCAGCCGGGAGAGAGCCAACAUCUCAAACAGAACCAGUUGGAUUCUAUGCUUGGCAAUCUCCAGGCCGACAUGAGCCGCCAAGGUGUCAACACAACCCAGAAGGGAUGCUGCAACGCCUGCGAGAAGCCGAUCGUGGGACAGGUGAUAACUGCCUUGGGCAAGACGUGGCAUCCGGAACACUUCACAUGCACUCAUUGCAAUCAGGAGUUGGGCACGCGGAACUUCUUCGAGAGGGAGGGCCACCCCUACUGCGAGACAGACUAUCAUAACUUGUUCUCGCCCCGUUGCGCUUACUGCAACGGGCCCAUUCUCGACAAAUGCGUGACCGCCUUGGAGAAGACUUGGCACACCGAGCACUUCUUCUGCGCCCAGUGCGGCAAGCAAUUCGGCGAGGAGGGCUUCCACGAGCGGGACGGCAAGCCCUAUUGCCGCGAGGACUACUUCGAUAUGUUCGCGCCCAAGUGCGGCGGUUGCAACCGCGCUAUCAUGGAAAAUUAUAUAUCUGCGCUUAACAGUCAGUGGCAUCCGGAUUGCUUCGUCUGCAGGGAUUGCAGACAGAAGUUUCAGGGCGGCUCCUUCUUUGAUCAUGAGGGAUUACCGUAUUGCGAGACACACUAUCACGCCAAGAGAGGCUCUUUGUGUGCAGGAUGUCACAAGCCCAUUACUGGUCGCUGCAUAACGGCGAUGUUCCGUAAAUUCCAUCCCGAGCACUUCGUGUGCGCGUUUUGCCUAAAACAAUUGAACAAGGGCACGUUCAAGGAACAAAAUGAUAAACCUUACUGCCAUGGCUGCUUCGAUAAGCUCUUCGGUUAAAUAAUUUGGAAUUACUUUUUAUGUAAUAUAGCGAAACGAGAGGUUAUUUCUCUCUGCAAUGUUUUAUUACUUUUGACGAAAUACGUAUGAACUUGCUUUGAUCUAUAAAGUGCGAGACGAGAACUUACAUUGCCUAAAGUAGCCUUUUAGAAUUUCCAUUUUUGAAAUAAAUAUUGACUAAUGGACUAAUUACGCAUGUAAAAUGAAUACCGCGAAUAGGAUUUUGAUUUUACAGAUUAAAGGAAUCGAAGAAUCUAUUAUCCUGAUUGUUAUUUUUUAUGAAAAAUUCAAAGUCUUGUAAAAAUUAAUAGAUUAACAAAACACUAAAUCAUAAACUCCAUUUAAUUUUACGCGGUAAGUUACAUGCGAUUUCUCAAACUGUUCAGCUUGAGUUUGUCAUGUCGGAUUUAAGAAUUAACGAAAAGGUGCUAUACGGUAGCUAAACGUUAAUUAUUUGUAUCAAUAAUAUUUAGUACUAUUUGUACAACCGUAUCUUUACCAAAUAUGUCCCUAAUGAAAGCUCUUCCCGUGCGUUUUAGAAAAACAUUUCGUAUAUUUAUAAAAAUAUUUAAAUAGCAUUAAUAUAAUAAUCAAUUAAACAUUACCACAAGUUCACGUAUGCCUAUAUCAAUUUGUAUAUUGCCUAGAAUAAAAUAAUCGAGAAAAUUAAAAUACAUAGACCGAAUCCGCGUCACUAUGUACAAACGAUGUAGCGCACAAAGUUGUAAAAGGAAAGAUAUGCCAUUAGUAAUUUUUGAGAUCGAUUUAUUUCUAUUACAUAGCAGAAACGAAAAAAAUAUAACAUGUAUAGACAUGUAUAUCUUAUUAAUAAAUUUCUCAAAUAGGCGUCUGUGUAGGUGUAUGUGUAAAAAAAUUUGUUGAUCGUAACUAUCUCGGAAAACUAUUUACACAUCUUACGAUGAAUAAAUUAAGGAAAAUUUAUAUCUUAGAGAUACAUACAAAAAUAUAUACUUAUAACUAACGUACCGGCCUUGAUGCAUUAUUAAUUUUGUAAGAAAUUUUGCUUUAUAUCAACCAAUAGUUAAUCUAAUAGUUUUAUUAACUAUUAAUAUCAACUUGUAGUUAAACAAUAUGUGACAAUAUGUGUUGUGCCAUUACUUGUGCUGUGUAAAGCUAUUAACAUUCAUGACAAAACAGAAAGAAGAGAGGAAAAUAUUUUUUCAUAGGUCAUUUUAAAAUAACUUGCAUUAAAUUUCUGCAAUUAGUUUAAUCUCUGCGUCUUUCCACAGUUAUCAC